UCUGCCCAAUGAGAUCCGUCAGGGGAGGCACCCGGCUCACUUUUCCACAUCACUUCACAGUUACAUUUGGCAGGCAGGCGGGCUCGCACGCUGGCGCGCUCAAGCCCCGGAAUUAGUGGAUUUUUAUUUGGAAUCUCUCUCUCUGCCUCCUCGAAGCCCGUCCGCUGUCGCCGGCUUGUGCACAGACGGUAGCAUAUACCCACCCACCUAGCCACCCACCCUUCUCACUGCACUUUGGACUGCGGACACCCAGAGCCCGGCGCGCCCGCCCCUUAUAUCUGCACCGAGCCCCUCAGCUCCGAGAGGCAUGAACGGAAUUCGGAGGCGCUUGCCCAGCGUGCGGGAACUGGCCGCUACUCGCUGCCCUCAAGAGCAGACCCCUAGCCCCCCCAGCCAUUUGUGAACCAGAAGGUUUGAAAUUCGCCAACCCGGAGCUCCACAAGAGAAGUUUCAAUGAGAAGGAAAGCCAAUGGAUCCUGGUCUUAGAAAAACUACUUAGAUGAUGUCUAUUUCUUAUGCUACAAACACGUGGCAGAGCUGUAAGUAAAUCCUUGGCACUGCAUGAUGAAUUGGAUGACUGCAGACCGGAGGCAAAAAAAAUAAUUGUCUCAUUUUCGUGGUGAUUUGCUUAACUGGUGGGACCAUGCCAGAACGGCUAGCGGAUAUGCUCUUGGAUCUCUGGACUCCAUUAAUAAUAUUAUGGAUUACUCUUCCCCCUUGCAUUUAUAUGGCUCCGAUGAAUCAGUCUCAAAUUUUAAUGAGUGGAUCUCCUUUGGAACUAAAUAGGCUGAGUGAAGAACAGCGAAUUUUAAACCGUUCCAAAAGAGGCUGGGUUUGGAACCAAAUGUUUGUCUUAGAAGAGUUUUCUGGACCUGAACCGAUUCUUGUUGGCCGGCUACACACAGACCUGGAUCCUGGGAGCAAAAAAAUCAAGUAUAUCUUAUCUGGUGAUGGAGCUGGGACAAUCUUUCAAAUAAAUGACAUAACAGGAGAUAUCCAUGCUAUAAAAAGACUUGACCGAGAAGAAAAGGCUGAGUACACCCUAACAGCUCAGGCAGUGGACUGGGAGACAAAUAAGCCUCUUGAGCCUCCUUCUGAAUUUAUUAUUAAAGUUCAAGAUAUCAAUGACAAUGCACCAGAGUUUCUUAAUGGACCCUAUCAUGCCACUGUGCCAGAGAUGUCCAUUUUGGGUACGUCUGUCACUAAUGUAACAGCUACAGAUGCUGAUGACCCAGUUUAUGGAAACAGUGCAAAGUUGGUUUAUAGUAUCUUGGAAGGGCAGCCUUAUUUUUCCAUUGAGCCUGAAACAGCAAUUAUAAAAACUGCCCUCCCCAAUAUGGACAGAGAAGCCAAGGAGGAGUACCUGGUUGUUAUACAAGCCAAAGAUAUGGGUGGACAUUCUGGUGGCCUGUCUGGGACCACGACACUCACGGUGACCCUCACUGACGUUAAUGACAAUCCUCCAAAAUUUGCUCAAAGUCUGUAUCACUUCUCAGUACCAGAAGAUGUGGUUCUUGGCACAGCCAUAGGAAGGGUGAAGGCGAAUGAUCAGGAUAUUGGUGAAAAUGCACAGUCAUCAUAUGACAUCAUUGAUGGAGAUGGAACAGCACUUUUUGAGAUCACUUCUGAUACCCAGGCCCAAGAUGGGGUUAUAAGACUAAGAAAGCCUUUGGACUUUGAGACCAAAAAAUCCUAUACACUGAAGGUAGAGGCAGCCAAUGUCUACAUUGACCCACGUUUCAGCAGCAGGGGACCCUUUAAAGACACUGCGACUGUGAAAAUUGUUGUUGAGGAUGCCGAUGAGCCUCCAGUCUUCUCUUCACCCACUUACCUCCUAGAGGUUCAUGAAAAUGCUGCUCUGAACUCCGUGAUUGGACAAGUCACUGCUCGUGACCCUGACAUCACUUCCAGUCCUAUAAGGUUUUCCAUUGACCGCCACACUGACCUGGAGAGACAGUUCAACAUUAAUGCAGAUGAUGGGAAGAUAACUCUGGCAACACCACUUGACAGAGAACUAAGUGUUUGGCACAACAUUACAAUCAUUGCUACUGAAAUUAGGAACCACAGUCAGAUAUCACGAGUACCUGUUGCUAUUAAAGUGCUGGAUGUCAAUGACAACGCCCCUGAAUUCGCAUCCGAAUAUGAGGCAUUUUUAUGUGAAAAUGGAAAACCCGGCCAAGUCAUUCAAACAGUGAGUGCCAUGGACAAAGAUGAUCCCAAAAAUGGACAUUACUUCUUAUACAGUCUUCUUCCAGAAAUGGUCAACAAUCCGAACUUUACCAUCAAGAAAAAUGAAGAUAAUUCCCUUAGCAUUUUGGCAAAACAUAAUGGAUUCAACCGACAGAAACAAGAAGUUUAUCUUUUACCGAUAAUAAUCAGUGACAGUGGGAAUCCACCUCUGAGCAGCACCAGCACCCUGACCAUCCGGGUCUGUGGCUGCAGCAGUGAUGGUGUCGUACAGUCCUGUAAUGUUGAAGCUUAUGUCCUUCCAAUUGGACUCAGUAUGGGAGCCUUAAUUGCCAUAUUAGCAUGCAUUAUUUUGCUGCUGGUCAUCGUGGUGCUGUUUGUAACCCUUCGACGACAUAAAAAUGAGCCAUUAAUUAUCAAAGAUGAUGAAGAUGUACGAGAAAAUAUCAUUCGCUAUGAUGAUGAAGGAGGAGGGGAGGAAGACACAGAGGCUUUUGACAUUGCAACUUUACAAAACCCAGAUGGAAUUAAUGGAUUUUUACCCCGUAAGGAUAUUAAACCAGAUUUGCAGUUUAUGCCAAGGCAAGGGCUUGCUCCAGUUCCAAAUGGUGUUGAUGUUGAUGAAUUUAUAAAUGUGCGGUUACAUGAGGCAGAUAACGACCCCACAGCCCCGCCUUAUGACUCCAUUCAGAUUUAUGGCUAUGAAGGCCGAGGGUCUGUGGCUGGCUCCCUCAGCUCCCUGGAGUCCACCACCUCAGACUCAGACCAGAAUUUUGACUACCUCAGUGACUGGGGUCCCCGCUUUAAGAGACUGGGUGAACUCUACUCUGUUGGUGAAAGUGACAAAGAAACUUGACAGUGGAUUAUUAAAAAAAAAAAUCCAUGGAACUGAGCAUUCUGUAAUAUUCUAGGGUUACUCCCCUUAGAUACAACCAAUGUGGCUAUUUGUUUUAGAGGCAAGUUUAGCACCAGUCAUCUAUAAACUCAACUACAUCUUAAUGUUGAACCAAAAAAAAUAAUAAAAAUUAAAAUUUUGUGUUAGGAGGUUAUAAAUCUUGUGGAGUGUGAAUUAAAGUAUGUGGAGUAUCUAGAAGUCUUUGGAUAUUUGAUAUUUACCUGAACACCACAAAUAUUGGGAUCCUGGCUAAUCCUUAAAGCAAUGGUUUAAAAAAGAGGAAAAAAUCAAAAUUAAAAGGUGCUUUCUUAGAAAAAUGGACCUGCAAGAAUUUUGCUGCUGACCCAUGUCUUCUGCAAGGAUUUUUAUAAAUGCAAAUGGUUUUUUCCCCUUCACCAAUAAGGAUCCAGCCACAAAUGAUAAAGCAAUACUUGGUCUGCUGUACAUUUUGACUUUUUGGAAUUUUGGGAGGCCUCCUAGAUUAUAUGGUACAGUGACCACACAUUGUACAUAAUUGUUGGCCCCACUCGUCAGAGACUGAAUAGCAUCUUUAAAUAUUGUGUCAAGCCUUAAAAUAUUCACAUGUUCGUAAUCCAUUCCAGGGUGGGGAUUGCCAGCACAGUGGUGGGAGGAGAGAAAUCCCAUUGAAACAGGCUUGUUUUCUGGAAGCAGGAUUACUCAUUCCCUCCACUUCAUCUUCUUCCACAAGGACACAGAGAUAAACUGAAUCAUACAGCGGACUACAUAAGAGACAGAUGAUUUUAUCACUAGCACGUGAAUUUAUUUGUUUAAUCCUUGAAAUAAAUAUUUUAUUGAUGUCCAUUGAUGCUUUUAUUUAUUAAGGUUGGUAAUCUGUAGAUUAAGGGACUAUGUGGGAGAAAAGCUAAAUUAUAUCCAUUAAUAAUCCUUUAGAUUGUUUUAUAUAAAUAUAUAUACAAUGAAUGUUUAAUACAUGUACAUUUUGAUGAGAUGAGUAUGGCAGGCAAUAUUAUCAAAAGGAGAUCUAAUAGUCUCUUUAGAGUAGAAAGUGUUAUUGUGACUGGUUAUGGCAGGUACAGCAUUUACCCAGAGAAACUUUUGGACUGUUUUCUAUUUUGUUGAUAAUCCUAGUAUUUGGUGUUUUUACUACAAGCACAAACAUCUGAAAGUAUAUUGAUUCAUGUGAAUAUUUAAACUCUAGACUUUUAGAUAUUUACAUAAUAUCCUGCACAAUAAACAUCUUCAACUUGCCCCCACUAUUUUAGAGCAGGAACUGAUUUGUACAUAAUUUUACUGCUUCUGUUUCUAGCACUUCUCACUCCGAUCUUCAUGGUGACGCACAGAACGUCUUAGACUCCAAGAGAGAACAACACUAGAAGAUGUGAGCAUAUUCAGUUUGUCAUGCAAAAACCUGCCAUUUAGGAGUAGACAAUGUCUGAUAAAACUCAAGUACUACAUGCAGAUCAUUUUAAUUUUCUACUUUGCUUUAAUGCAAUAUUGUUUAUUUACUCCAUGUAUUGUAUUCAGAGAACUCCUGUAUUGUUUCCUACUUUGUGAAAUAUAUUUUUAUAAAUA